AUACAAUCAGCAGGGUACUCUACUAAAAGCUAGAAUGAAACAGUUACCUACAGCAACGGUUCGCCUCCUUUCAAGCUCCCAGAUAAUCACAUCAGUGGUCAGUGUUGUAAAAGAGCUCAUUGAAAACUCCUUGGAUGCAGGGGCCACAAGCAUAGAUGUCAAACUGGAGAAUUAUGGGUUUGAUAAGAUUGAAGUGAGAGACAAUGGUGAAGGUAUCAAGGCCACUGAUGCACCUGUAAUGGCAAUGAAGUAUUACACCUCCAAAAUCAAUAGUCAUGAAGAUCUUGAAAAUUUGACAACUUACGGUUUUCGUGGUGAAGCCUUGGGAUCAAUUUGUUGUGUAGCUGAGGUUUUAAUUACAACUAGGACAGCUGCUGAUAAUUUUAGCACGCAGUAUGUUUUAGAUGGCAGUGGCCACAUAAUUUCUCAAAAGCCUUCGCAUCUUGGUCAAGGUACAACUGUAACUGCUUUAAGAUUGUUUAAGAACCUACCUGUAAGAAAGCAAUUUUACUCAACUACUAAAAAAUGUAAAGAUGAAAUAAAAAAGGUCCUAGAUCUCCUCAUAAGCUAUGGAAUACUUAAACCUGACUUAAGGAUUCUUUUUAUACAUAACAAGGCAGUGGUUUGGCAGAAAACAAGAGCAUCCGAUCAUAAGAUGGCUCUCCUAUCCGUUCUGGGGACUGCUGUCAUGGGCAACAUGGAGCCCUUUCAGUACCACUCGGAGGAAGCUCAGAUUUAUCUAAGUGGAUUUCUUCCAAAGCAUGACGCAGACCACUCUUCCACAAGUCUUUCAACCCCAGAAAGGAGUUUCAUCUUUAUAAACAGUCGACCAAUACACCAAAAAGACAUAUUAAAGCUAAUCCGACGUUAUUACAAUCUGAAGUGCCUAAAGGAAUCUACUCGUUUGUAUCCCAUUUUCUUUCUGAAAAUUGAUGUUCCUACAGCUAACGUGGAUGUAAAUUUAACACCGGAUAAAAGUCAAGUAUUGUUACAGAACAAGGAAUCUGUUUUAAUUGCUCUUGAAAAUCUGAUGACGACUUGUUACGGAUCACUACCUAGUACAAAUUCUUAUGAAAAUAGUAAAACAGAUGUUUCCUCAGCUGACAUGGCUGUUAGUAAAAAAGCAGAAACAGAUGUGCUUUUUAAUAAGACGGAAUCAUCUGGAAGUAAUUAUCCAAAUGUUGAUACUUCGAGCAUUUCUUUUCAAAAUGAUGUACAUGCUGAUGAAUCUGGAGAAAACAUUAACGGUUGUUUAAAUCAUAUUCAUGUUCAUGACCAUUAUGAUGACCAUUUUAUUAGUGAAAAUUCUAACAUGGAUAACACUAAAAAUACAUUUCUGGAGAUCCCAAUGGAUAAUUUAUCAAGUGAGGACACCCAGAAGGAAUAUAGUGAAACUUGUUUUGUAGGUUCUGUUACGCACGCCCAGUCAGAAAAUGGCAGUCAAGGCCGUAUCGAUGAGAGUGGGGGAAAUGAGAAAGAAGCAGUUCCUGAGAAGUCUGUGGAAAUUUGUGCAGAUAACUGGAGCAGGAGAAAUGCACUCAAAAAUGCGAUGGGAGAAAACAUCGAACCUGUGAAAAUCCUAGUGCCUCCGGGAAGUUCAGCACGUGAAGGAAGUGAGAGGAGCCCCCCAAGCCCUGAACAGGAGAAUCCCAGUGACGGGUCCUGGAACAAAAAGUCAAACGUGGUGGAUCACAAGUCGGGACAGCUGACCGCUUACGAUUUAAUUAGCCGUCGCGCCAUCAAGAAACCCAUGUCAGCAAGCGCCCUUUUUGUUCACGAUCAUCGUGUUCAGUUUCUCACAGAAAAUCCUCAGACCAGUUUGGAGGCUGCAACGAUACAGAUGGAAGAACUGUGGAAGACAUUGAGUGAAGAGGAAAAGCUGAAAUAUGAAGAGAGGGCUACUAAAGACUUGGAACGAUACAAUAGGCAAAUCAAGAGAGCCAUCGAACAGGAGUCACAAACCUCACUACAAGAUGGCAGAAAAAAGAUGAAACCCACAAGCUCAUGGAGUUUGGCACAGAAGCACAAGUUGAAAACAUCAUUAUCUAAUCAGCCAAAACUUGAUGAGCUUUUCCAGUCCCACGUUGAAAAAAAAAAGAGUCAAACCAUUAAAAUAGUUCAAAUUCACUUUUCUAUGGAAAACUUUAAAAAAAAUGUAGAGAAACACAAGAAAUUUGAACCAGAAGAGAAGGACGAACUUUGUUUAAUCCACAAUCUCAAGUUUCCUGAUGGAUGGCUAGUUACAUCCAAAACAGAGGUAAUGUUGUUAAAUCCAUAUAGAGUGGAAGAAGCCCUGCUAUUUAAAAGACUUCUUGAAAAUCAUAAACUUCCUGCAGAACCAUUGGAAAAACCAAUUAUAUUAACAGAGAGAGCUAGGGUGUAUCUGGAGUUUUCUGAAAUGUGACGUCCCAUUACAGUUAAUGUAAGUUUUUCAGAACUGAGCUAUGGACAGGGUCAUUUGGGGUUGGGCUGUUUUCUCACUAGAAUUCUCCUGAGGGGUGUGUAGCUUCUCUCUGAAGGGAGCAAUUUAGAGAGCUGUCAAACAAAGUAGGAGCUCAACAAUGGCGAAUGGUUAUUGAGCACUUACUUAUGAAAGAGCUUUACUACGCCCUUUGCUUUCAUGAUCUUCAUACCUGAUGAGAGAUAGGUACUAUCGUUAUCCUUAUUUUAUAUGUGGGGAAACAGACAUAGACUGUUAAGUAACUUACCCCGGCUCACAUGGCUAAUAAAGAAAUAGUUGGAUCCAAGCGUCCAAUCUAGACAGUAACUGUAGAGCCUGCACCAUUUGUUGCUGUGCUAUAUCAUCACCACCACUGGCUCUCAGAUUGGUUUUCUGAAUCUUGGUUAGACCAGAGAGAGCACGUCUGAUAUGCAGCCAAAGGUUUCCACUCUGUGACAUCUGUCAUAGCCAGCGGGGUCCUUUGCCUUUCAGAGAUGAUAAGCAAAAAAUCAUCUCUUCAUUUACUUUUUCAAGGGUCCAGGGCUGUAAUGAAUAAAUAGCAGCUUAAAAUUUUAUACAGAAACAUGGAACAGAGCCCUGCACACCUAAGACAGUACCUAUCACUUGCUAGGCACUCAAGUAUUCAUUGACUGAAUGGGAAAAUGGUAACCUCUCACACGUCAACCCCAGCAGACACUUUAUUGUAAUGACAUGUUUGAGCACUGUGAUUGUGCCUAUAACCAACAGGAAAGGCUAAUUUGUGCCCUAGAGAAUCUUUGGCUACCUCAGAAUUUUGCUUAAAGCCUAUACCACUCAUACGCCACCGCUGGCCAACAUGCCAUGCCUGAAGGAAGCUCUCCCAGGCUCCGAAUUACUGAAUUUAUAAGUUCCUGGAAGAAAGAUAUAUAUGCUUAUCUUUUUAUUAUUGACUAACAAUUGGAAAUUAUGUAGGCUGUACCAUUUCAGUAACUUGGCAAUAUAUUAUGUGUCCGUUUAAAGGUAUAAAUGGCAUUUAUAGGUAUAGUUUUCAUUUGUAUUAUAUUGAGGGAGCACACUUUUUUAUUUUACAUUUUAUUUAUAACAUCGUAGAAGAUAGGAACUGUCUUUUAUAUGUAUUCUUCCUCCUUCUGUACGUUAUAUGUGGUAGGUCUUCUAUAAAAUAUUAACAGAAAUGUAAAAAAGUAAACUUCCUUACAGAGUUGCUGAUGCCUUUGUAUUUUGG